GCCGGGGAAACUCCAAAGAAGGUUUCAUUAGUUCAGCAUCCAGAGCCAUUUGAAGGUAUUUGCCAGUAGCUUUUUUCCUUUCUUUUUCCCUUUCCCGCCGUACUACCGGACUUCUUCUCAAUCAGGCAUUCUCUUAAGUCCUCGCCUGAGCAACCGCGCGGAGGGGGGAGUAUUCCUUUUACACUGUUUUUGACUUCGCUGAGGCCGUGAGCUGGACUUUAUUUCCGACCGUUUCAAUCCGACUCUCAUAUUAUUGACUGCAGGUGGUCGUGAAGUCUUACCCCGGGCACGAUGGACUCUCGGCCCGGUAGCUACCAGACAAGUGUCUUUCGAGCGCAGCCGACCGAGGGAGUCCAACGAAAGAUCCAAAAGCGCAAUCGUCCUCCUGUAUCUUGUCUACUAUGCCGGACGCGCAAGGUGAAAUGUGACCGCCAACAGCCCUGUGAGAGGUGCGUCAAAAGUGGCGAGGCCAAUUUUUGCGAAUAUGCGCCUCGUGCCUCUCGCAAGGCUCGCACGGAUUCGCGGCCGCAGGCAGAUGUCCGGGCUAGGCAUGAGCCAAUGUCUCGUCCCGUCCUGCAGGUCCGUCUCCAGAAACUUGAGGAAAUGGUUAACAAUCUGGUCUAUACUACGCGCAAUCGAGAGCCUACUCUCGAUACCCCUUCAAGUUCGGACCAGCGAACGGAGACCAUUGAGACUCGCUCUGACCUGAGUUCACCACCGAGUUUGGCGGCGUCCGGAUCGGGAGGUCCGCUUCUCCCUACUACGCUUGGCGAGCAUAGUUAUGUCGGCGCUACUCACUGGGCUUCAAUUCUUGAGAGUAUUCAUGAUAUCCAGGGCAUUCUCCGAACUGAGACGGAUGAGCCUCCUACUCCCUCGCCCCCACCGCUGAAGGACACCGCGGAUAGUACGGAUGUUCUCUUUGGCAAGUUAGUACCUAUAACUCUCUCGCAGGCUGUUACACGAUUGCCGCCCAAGUCCAAGACGGAUGCGCUCAUCUUGGUUUACUUCCGCCACAAAUUUAUGACCGCUCCAUACAUUCAUACCACGAAAUUUCAAAGAGAGUAUGAUGCUUUCUGGGAUGAUCCGUCAUCUACUAGUUUAUUGUGGCUGAGCUGCCUUGCUUCUAUGCUAUGGGUCGCUGCGUCGAUAACUAUCAUGAGAGGCGAAAGCGAUGAAUCGGUAGCAACGCUCCCAGACAAGCUGAGGGCGCUAUCAACCGAGUGUCUCGUAUCAGGGGAUUACCUGUCCGCCGGGCCUUAUUCCAUUGAAGCACUCCUGUUGCACAGCUAUACGGAAUUGCAAAGGAACAGGGAAAUUGACUCCAGCUUGUGGGCUAAAUUCGGACUUGUCGCCCGGCUUGCUCAACGUAUGGGAUAUCAUAGAGACCCCAAAUACCUUUCUAACAUCACGCCUUUUGAGGGCGAACUUCGUAGGCGAGCGUUCUUUUUCAUCGAGGUUUUCGAUGUCCUCUUCUCGUUUCAGCUAGGCAUGCCUCCGAUCAUCCGGGACGACGAGUGUGAUACCGAAUCGCCUAGCAAUCUAUUUGAUUCCGACUUUGAUGAGAAUGUUAUGACUCUACCUCCAUCGCGACCGGCUACUGAGCCCACUUCUACUUUGUAUUUAUGUCAUAAAUCAAAGCUGUGUCGAUUGCUACGCCGGGUGAUUCGCUUUGCACUAUCAAUCCAUCCUCCUCCAUACGAAGAGGUUUCCAAGCUAAAUGAUGAACUUCAUCAGUACCGCGAGCACGUCCCUCCUUCAUUACAAAUAAAACCAAUACGCUCAUAUAGUUUCACGGACCAGACCCAUGACAUCAUGCAUCGACUUAUGUUGGAAUUGAUGUACCUCAAGAGCCUUUGUGUUCUACACCGCCCAUAUCUUAAUCGCGAGAAAGACAACCCCGUAUAUGAUCGAUCACGGAAUACGUGUCGAGAUGCGGCUCUUAGGAUCCUUGACCUACACGCCGAGUACGAGGAGGAGAGCAGGCCUGGUGGCCGAAUAUAUGAGGAUAAAUAUAUGCUCUCAGCCCUGACACUCCACGACUUUUUAAUUGCGUCAAUGAUAUUAUGUCUAGAUCUUACGGAGAAUCUACCGAGCAGCCCAGCGGACCGAUCAAGGAAAUUGAAAGCUCUAGGGACGUCUUACAAAAUGUGGGCCGAGAGAAGGCAAACUUCCAAGGAUGCAGCGCAUGCCACCAGGGUUGUGGGUGCCAUUCUCCGGAAAGUAUCAAUGCAGGAUCCUACAGUUAAUCGCUCGCCGCCGCCACCGCCGCCACCACCAAGGCCAGAAGUUCGGGACGGAUCGCUAGCUAGCUUGCUGAACAAUGAUGUUCAGCCAGCUCCGGCGCCGUCACCCCCAUUCGAUCAUAUAAUACCAUCUUUUGAUUUUUCCUUAGACUUUGCUAAUAAUGUGCCGCUUGAUACCGUAUUGAACGGCAGCAACACAAUUGACUGGGUAGGAAGUAUCCCCUUAAUGAUACAAAUUAUGAUACUCAUUGAUUUGUUGGCAGAGCGCAAUCGACCAGUUCCUACUAGAGAGGGAUGACGGCGGAUUUAAACCUGUGCCUUAGACGCCGACCCGGGAAGCGUCGUUAUUACUAUUGAGACUUAUACUAGAUAAUACCUAGAGUUUCAUCGGCGACGGAAUCACGAACUAUACGCUAACCUACCUGAUGAGUUAGCACAAAACUAUUUAGUACCCAGAUGUUGUAAGAGGCCGGUGGGAUUUCGCAGCGAUACACUUGUUGCCUAUUACCGUAUAGAUAUUUGCUUUGUUUUCUUUCGACGUCUACUCUAUAUAGAUACCUAAGCGGGGCCUUCGAGGGCGAUUUAUUAUAAUGCAUACAUCGAGGGCGUCCGGGCGCCUAGUUAGCAAAAGAAGCAGGGCUGUUGUUUAAAUUAGCGAAUGAUUUUAUUGAAAAUUGGGUUUUCUGCCUCAAGUGUUGACCGGUUGUCUUAUGUCGUGAGGGGUAGUGUCUUGCGCCCCUUGUCUAGUUGCCUAGGACGGUGGUCUGGGGGUCAGUACUUGGUAUCGUAAAUAUUUAUUCCGUAAAUAGUAUCUAACUAGAUACUAUGAGCAACUGGGGAAUUCUAGGAUCACUUUCUAUAUAAUAGUUAGGGUAGACCGACGUACAAUAUAUACCUGUAUAUGCUAUGUUUGAAUAGGUAGAUGUGUAUAAAUAAAGCACACAUACAUACCAUUUAUACGUUGUGUUUCGUAACCAGGCAGAAUCGGACUUAAUCUUGUCUGGAGCGGUAGG